AUGGCCAUAGACAUCAGCAAAAGUACAAUUGCUCUGUUUCAAUCGCAAGACAGACUAGAGCUUCUGAACGACAUUGACAAAUUUCGCCAACAUGGCCUUGUCAACCUACCACAGAUCGUCGUGUGCGGCGACACGAGUAGCGGCAAAUCUUCUGUCCUCGAAGCACUGUCAGGGAUUCCAUUUCCGGUUGACAGCACCAUGUGCACAAGAUUUGCGACGGAGAUUGCCCUGCGGUAUUCCUCGGAGGAGACCGUAACAGGCGAGGCUUUUAUCACCCCUGGAUCACGUUCUUCUGACGAACACCGAGUUCGUGUUGGAGCAUUCCGAAUGACAGUCUCAGCCAAUCUUGACACAAUUCCGGAGAUCCUGCGAGAGGCGCAGAAAGUCAUGGGAGUUGAUGAGGCCGGAGGCAUCAGCCGCGAUGUGUUACAUUUGAAGCUCAGCGGUCGACCGCUACCAAAUCUUACUUUGGUGGACCUGCCAGGUCUCAUUCACUCAGCUACAAACUUGGACGACAUUACAAAAGUGCAAGAUCUUGUCAAGUACUAUUUCCAGCAGAAAGAGAGCUUGAUAAUGACGACUGUCUCCGCCGAAAAUCCCAUUGAAAACCAAGGAAUCCUUACCUUGUCCCGACAGUUUGAUCCCUCGGGCGAGCGUAGCAUUGGGGUUAUUACCAAGCCAGACAUUCUGCGGCGUCCAGAAAAAGCGAGGCUUGCUCCCACCGUCCUCGAGCUUGCACGAAAUCAACAUGCUGCCUUCAAAUUCAAACGCGAGUGGCAAAUAAUGAGAUGUCUCACUGAUGACGAGCGACAGAGGGGUGCAGACAGGGAUAGCAUUGAGACGGACCUGUUCUUACAGGAUCCCUGGGACGGCUUUGACAGGCGGAGACUCGGGACAAGAUCUCUACGAGCCGUCCUAUGUGAGUACCUGGAGGAACAUAUUCUGCACGUAUUGCCGGAGCUCAUCAAGUCUUUGGAGGCUAAGAUUGCUUCGGUGAAGCUGUCCCUCCAGGAGCUCGGGCCUCAUCGAGCAACGCCCGACGAACGUCGGCAAUACCUCAUCCGCAUCAGCAGGCGCUAUGCGCAGAUUGUCCGAGACGCUCUCAAUGGCGACUACUCCGACACCUUCUUCGACAAGACUGAUGCCGCAAAAAGGCUGCGCGCAAAAACAAUGGCUCUUACCGAUGAGUUUGAAGACACAAUGCGCGCAAGGGGCCACACAUUCGAAGUCAGAGGUUUUACAUUUAAUUCAUCGAUGCCAGCUGAGCCCGACGAACCUCGAUUCAUCACAAAGGCCGAUGCUCUUGCCAAAGUUGGGAAGCUUAUAGAAGGUUAUCGCGGUCCAGAGUUACCGCUACUUUUCAACCCACGAUUAGUGGGAGAACUUUUCAAGGAACAGUCACAGAAAUGGCCCAAGAUCUCAGCCAAGUAUACUGAGGACAUUUGCCAUGCGGUUGAAAUCUUUCUGCGAAAGGUUGUGGACUCAAUUUGUCCCUCCACGUCGCGUAUUGGCGAGUUGAUACUCCGCGAAGUCUUUCAGGAUGCGAUUCACAGCCAUCAACAGAAGCUGAAUGAGAAGGUUUGGGAGUUGUUCAACCCAUAUACGGUUUCUUUUCUUUACUCGACAAGAGCUCGAUUGAGAAUAAGCUUAAACCGUGUCCAGACAAUCGACGGAACAUGUGUAGAUGGUGAUGGUACGGCAAGCAAGUACUCAGUCUCUUCCCACCGUAUGGUUAGAGGUCCUGGCCAGGAGAAAGAACCAUGCUUGGAAAUACUGCAGAUAUCAAAGGCCUACUAUGAUGUUGCGCUCGAGACAUUCGUCGAAAAUGUGGUCAUGCUUGGGGUUGAGUCGUGCCUCCUGUCAAAACUGGAGGAGAUGUUCUCACCGGAGACUGUGGCACAAAUGAAAGAGGAUAAACUACAGCUGCUUGGAGGUGAGACGCCCGAGAUGAUUAGCGAACGCACCGACCUUACAACGCGGCUGAAGACGCUCGAAACGGCUCUGAAGAACUGUCGCAGGCAUGCAAGCCGAGAGUUUGGUCUUGACCUGAAGCGACCAUCCGCCGCUGGCAAUACGAUGCCUAUCACAGGAAACACCGCAAGAGCUUCAUCCCCACGUACAGAGCAGCAACAUCUACCAUCAGCCAGUCUCACUACAGCGUCUCCACCAGUUAUUCAUGCAACAGCACCUCCAGCACUCAAAUCUACAGCAGCGCUUCCACCGGUUAGUCCUGCCACCAUGCCUCUACCACCUACUCCUACUACAAUGCCUCCAGUAUUUAAUACCGCCGCAGCGCCUAAACCUGCAGCACCAUUGAGUCAACAGCUAAGCAGCAGUGCAUUGGUGGUACCGGCUACGGGAACCAAGUCAAGCUCACCGAGGCCGACGAGUCCGGGCACUCAGCCGAAGUCUUCACCAUUAUUUACACCGGUUCAGUCAAGCAAGCAGGCUUUCGGAACUCCCGACCCCGGGAAGUCGAAUGUAUUCCUCUCAAGUAGUCCUUCUAACUUGUUUGGAGCGGCGCCUACAAUCUCUCCCAGCGCAGGAUCGUCGUCUGACCCCAGUACAAGAACGUCUGGCUUUAGUGGUUUCAGCUCUGGUAAGCCUUCAGAGAAACCAGCAGGCUUCAGUCCAAGCGGUGGCAUCCUUGGCAGGCGCUCGUCAGGUCCAAUAGAAUUCGACGUGCAGACAAUCGAGCUUCCAUCCCCUAGGACAGGCGAUAUCUCAUUCGUCGACGGAAUAUUUUCUCUCAAAGACCGCCUGGAUCACGGACGAGACUUUUGGCUUGAUGCAAUCUCGCCUUUUGGGAGUAAUGACAUGCUGCAUUGCCUUGCUGCGUAUCGUCGCGAAGGAUUCGAAGGCAUAUCGUUCGAGGUGAGCGUCUACCAGGAAUAA